AUGGCAAAGCCUUUGCAGCAGCUCAAGAACGCCGCCACGGAGAUUGGAAAAUUGGGUGCCGAGUUUGGAGACGCUGCCGCUACAAUCCUGGAACAGACUACCCUGUUCGAGAAGAGCGUCCUCGCAGAGGCACAAGUUAUCUCCAAGGCCUCGCGCAUGGCCAAACCUGCCAACCCUGCCAUUUUGAAAAAGGAGUGCGCGGAACUUGUCGAUGCAAGCGCGGAUGCUGCUGAGCUCAAGUACGACAUUGACAUUCGAAAUGCAUUGCAUAAUCAUGCCAUAGCUUUGUCAGAUGCCUCGGCCGCCCUGGGCUGGAUCGUUGCGCCGGCCGCCUUGAAGCAUGCGCGCGACUACAAAUCUAUUGUCAACACGCUAGCAGAGGAUAUUCUAUCACGCUAUAUUGAUCUCGGCUGCAACCCCAUUCAUAGCGACUUUGCAGAGUCCCUCAACGCUGUCAUGGACGCCUUGCUGAAGUACGUCGAAAAAGAGCAUCCGGCAGGUUUGCGGUGGAACUACGCCGCGGGUGCUACGCCGGCGGGAUACAGACGCGCCCAACGGAAUCUGCGCAAGGAUUCGCAUCCAAUUGGAGACUUUUAUCGCCUCAUGCAUAGCGGCUUGACUGAGUUUUCUGUUAUUUCCGGAGAGCUUGGAGGCGUACUCAAGGCAGUCUUCCCGCGUCUCAUAGGCGCAUACGAAGAGAUGGCAAAGGUUAUUGAAACGGCGUCCAAUCGCCGCAGGCCGCACAAGGAUACGGAUGCAGCGUUGAGGAUGCUGCUCAUGUCUGUGCAACAUGAGCUUACUCCUUUGGUUGCCCUACUAGACAAAGUGCCGAAAGAGGAUAAGUAUGCGCAGCACUGCGUGACCUUGCGCGAGUUUUUGAACGCAAUGCAAUGGUGCACAGCGACAACACAGAAGAUGUCGCCGGUCGGGUACAUCAUUGAUGUCGAGUCGGUGACAGUGUUGUACAUCGAUCGCAUCGAAAAGCAUUUUGGGUCGCAGGAUACUUACGUGUCGCGUCUUCAUCGCGCGUGGGCUGCCAGUCUGCGAAAGAUGCUCAAUGAACUGAAAGAUUACGUCAAGCUGCACCACCCUAACGAGCUCACGUUUGAUACACAAAAGAGCCGCAAGUCUGUUGACGCCAUCAUGAGGGACGUUUCGCUCACGCAUCAACUGGCCGAGUUAAAGAACAAGUCGACAGCCAAGAAAUGGACCCGGGCAACCAUCACGAGAGCUGCGCGGGGAGGCAAGAAAGUACAAGUCCCUGCGUGGGUAAAGAAACCAUGA